GUUGUGGUGGAGCCAACAUGGCGGCUCCUCUGGAGGUGAUAGUGAGCAGUGACUCCGGCUCGCAGCUGUGGAACAGCACAGUGUUUGACCUGCACAGCGGCUCCAGCCUGCUGUCUUACCGGGGAGGGAACAGCUCGGCCCGGACACUGACCGUCCUCAGCGGGCAGUACCUGCUCUCCGCCCAGGUGGGCAAGAACUUCAUCAACGUGUGGGAGAUCCAGAGGAAGGAUCAGCUGCAGCAGAAGAUCGUGUGUCCAGGUGUCGUCACCUGUCUGACCGCCUCACCUAACGGACUCUUCCUCACUGCGGCCGUCGCUGAGGCCAUUUAUCUGUGGGAGGUGUCGACAGGUAAGCUGCUGUCUGUCCUCAGUCGUCACUAUCAGGAUGUCACCUGUCUGAAGUUCACCGACGAUAGCAGCCAUUUUGUUUCUGGAGGAAAAGACAACCUGGCUCUGGUGUGGAGUCUGUCCAGUGUGGUCCAGCUGGAUUUAAGCCACACCCCUGAGCCGCGUCACAUCCUUUCUCGUCACUCUCUACCAAUCACAGACCUGCACUGUGGCCUGAUGGGAGCUCAGGCCAGAGUCGCCACCGCCUCCUUAGACCAAACUGUCAAGGUGUGGGAAUUGUCCUCAGGUGAGCUGCUCCUGUCCGUCCUGUUUGAUGUGGAGAUCAUGUCUGUGACCUUUGACCCCUGUGAGUACUUCCUGUUCUGUGGAGGCAGUGACGGGAACAUUUUUCAGGUGUCUCUGUGCAGCCAGAUUCUCAGUCGAGACAAAUCCUUCCAGUCCGACAAUGACGGGAACCAGGUCUUCAAAGGACACAGGAACCUGGUGACAUGUCUCUCGGUGUCGAUGGACGGGACUCUCCUCCUCUCUGGGUCACAUGAUGAGACGGUUCGACUCUGGGACGUCCAAAGCAAACAGAGCAUCCGCUGCCUUGCCCACAAAGGUCCGGUGACGAACGCCGUCAUCAUGGCGGCUCCUGCUAACAUGUUCCUGCCCGACACUCGGCCUGCCAUCCCUCUGCCACGCUUCAGCCGACACCUGCACGCCUCCGAGGGUGACGGUGGAGAGUCAGGAGAGGUGUGCGUCCGACUUGGACUCUACACACAGGAGGAGGAGGAGACGUACCUGCAGAAAGCUGAUAGGCUGAACUCGUUGAUGAAUGCUGUGACUGACAAGUCGGUGUUUGGUGACGGCGAGAACACAAAAGUUCGUGUCGCAGAGCUCGAAGAAGAAGUUCAGACUCUGAAGAAAGUCAACAAAGAUCUGUACGACUUCUCCAGCCAGCUGCUCACCAAACCCACAUAAACACAUAUGUACACAGGUACACACAUAGGCAUACAUACACAAGUCCACACUGUACACAUAUAAACACACAGUCUCUCACACACUCUGUGAUGAUUAAGAAAAUAAAACUGUUUGGUUUUUGUAGAACUUCCUGUCAGCUGUGUUUGUUGCUGCUGCCUGGCUCAGAGGGUUUGAACCUGUGACUCUCUGUUUCACAUAUACCCACAUAACUGUAGCUACCAGCAACUUUUAAGGUGGAAUGUUUUCUUGCAUGUUACUCAAUGCAGGAGUUGAAUCAAUCAACACACCUUAAAUGUCAGUAUGACAACUUUGACCAUUCCAUUUGUUUUUAUUGGCUCUCUUGCAUGACAUACGCUUUAGUGAUGAUUAGAUCUUCAAGUGCAAGAAUUUCAACCAGAUUAUGCGAACUGCGGAUAUUAUUUCAUCACUUGGAGAAUUGACUAUCCCCAAACUGGCCAUAACUACCACAAACUACUGUUAACUACCCAUAUCUACCCACAAGCACAGUCAGCUAACCUUCACUAACCGCAGCAAACCUUGACGAACCACAGAUACCAUUAACUAAACUUAACUACCUGUAACUCACCCCAAACUGCCCAAAACUACUGCUAACUAGUACACCCAACUACCCUUAACUGCCCUCAUCUACCCUCAACUAGCCCCCACCUACCCUCACUAACUUUAACUAACCCCCAACUACUCUAAAGUAACUCUUGAGUACCCUUAACUAACCCCAAUUACCCUUAACUAAUCUUAACUAAGUCCACCUUCUCCCUAACCCUAUCUACCAGUCAUUAGCUUCUAACUUAUCUUAAGUUUCCUAAACUCCCCUUUACUAACUACUCUUUACUCUUUAACUAACCCUAACUAUCCUUAACCUUCCUCUGGCUAUAACUACUCCUAACUACCCCUCACUAACUAAUCCGCACUAAACUAUAACCAGCUCAAACUGGUUCUGAACAGGUUUUUCUGUUGUUUGAUAAACUUUGUUUCUAAAACGUUAACUGGAAAAGUAAUCAGUAGGGCUGUACCUAAUUUCUUUACACUCGAAGCCUCUUGAGGUUUUCGAAUGAGGCUUCAAAUGUCUGUCGUCAUGUUUUAUGAUGUCGUCACCCUAAAAAAACAAAACAAUCCUUGAACAAAAUCCUCAAUUUGAAUAAAGUGAUUCAUCAGGUGCUGCCUCAGUUUGUGUGCGGCAAUCAAAUAUGGAUUGAAGCAGAAUAUUUCAUUAGAUAAAAACAUGUUGGGAAUUUUGGAAAUUAUUACAUCUAUCUUUUUUCAAUAAAUUUUGACUUUUGGACUUUACAACGCUCUGGAGUUAUUGGAAAUGUUUGGAUCAUACAAGUCGGAAACAAUCCUGCGCAGCCCUAGUAAUCAGAUUACUUUUUGGGAUUACUGAUCUGUUAGAUUACCAAAAGUCCAUGGGUCCGUCCCAACACCUACACCAGUACUGCAGUAUUUGCAAUAGGAGGUGUAUUUGUAGAAUCUACUGAACAUAAAAGAGACGUGAUUUUAUUUUGAAGGUUUCUGUCUGAUAAAGUUUUUAAGGUUUGAACAUUUUCCUCAGAAUUAUUGAUAAAAGAAUAUUUAAUAUUAAUGUUGACAUUGUCCGAUAUGUGAUAUUAAUCUCCUUAAGAAGAACUGAUUGUUAAUAUUAAGUGAUAAAGCCAUCUGUGGAGCUUCUGUUAUAACUGUUCAGUGUUUGAACAUUAAUAAUAAUAAUAUUCAGUCUGGAUCCAACAUGUUAUAAACUUUAACAUCUGAUUGUCGGUUAUAAAAGUUUAUAGCCAAUAAACAGCAGGUGUGGAGCAACAGUGCA